AUGCCGCUCCGACGGCCGAGUACCUCGGGAGACGGUCACUCCGUCGCAUCUUCGUCGCCUUCAUUUUCUUUAGCGGGUACCAAGCGCCGCUUCCCGCUCCUAGGCCGGAAAAAGACCCGAAAUUCGGACCUCCCCCGGCCGUCGUCUGUCGUAUUGCCUUCAACUUCAUCUUCUCAGACUCAGAAGCUCGCCAACGUCAAGCCCGGCCUCCGAGUACACGUCCAGGUCAAGUUUGAGAGCCCAAUCGGCACCGAGCACGUACGCGACUAUGAGGCCUCACCCCAGCUGAAGGCCUCGGAUCGUAUCUGCCAAGCGCUGCUUUCGCGCCUCCAGCAUUGCUCUGCAGAGCUUAUCACACGCCACGAUUCUACCGCUCUCGACCCACUCCGCAAGCCCCAUCGUGAUGUCAAGCCACUGCGCUAUCGCAUCACAUACCGCGUGGAACGCGAUGGCCUCAUUCUUGUAGAAAAGUCGCUACGCUCUUUUCAGGAGUACGAGCUGACACAUGAUGACGCUCGCGAAGUUGUCAAUGCUACCGACCGCAUUGUUGGCUUGUUUUUGGUGCGCCAUGAUCCCGGCUUCCGGUGGUCUGACGCUGCCGAUCCCGAGCCGGCCAACGCCGAGUCCGAAACUGUCCGGCCGUGCACCGGCCGACCGCAAUCCACCGCCUGCAUUCCCCGAUCCCGGUUCGCCAACGACACUCAAUCUUUCGAACUCGUCUCGGGCUAUGCAAUUGAGCUCUUUUUGCGCAGUCGCUGUGCCACCCGCUACCCAGAGAACCGGAAUGCUUCUAUCAAGAUUGAUAGUCGCCAGCCUUCCCCCCUGACCCUCCUUCUCGGCGAGGAGCUGAUGACCCGGGUAUCCAACCUCGUAAUUGACCCUGUCGACUCUUGUAAGCGCAAAUUCGAUAAGCGCCACAAGACUUGCAAUGGGUUUGAGGGUAGCGGUGGUUGCACCCACACUGAGGAUGGAGCUGUCGACAUCAUGGUCAAGGUUCGCAACAACCUUGGCCCCGAUUACACAUACUUUUCCCAUCGCAUCCAAACAAGCAAGGUCUUGUUCAAUGAUCCUCAGGGUCGCGACUUUGAUGAGUUCGCCAACCAGGUCAAGGCCAAGCUAGAGAAAGCUCGCGAUAUGACUGACAAGUCUAUGCGUUCUCUGGAUGACCUCACUCUCACUAUCCGUGAACUUCGUGGAAAGAAUUGGUCUGUCCACGAACCCCUUGUUGUUCGACUUGACCACUCGGUCACUUAUUGCCGUCAAACCAUUGAGGCUGUCAUGGAGCGCCUUCAGACUGGCAUCAGCAACGUGCUGGAGCACCAUGAGGAUGCACUCGCCACCAUGACCGUUCACAAGCGAGGCCACCUCAUCUUCGAUGGCUUCCUUGACGGUGCUGGCGGGGAUGAUAGUAUUCCUCUGGAGAAGUUCGCCUCUCCUGAUUUGGAGAGAAAGGCCCUCGAGGCUCACCUGAAGGAGCGCAUCCGUUCUGAUAUCACGAUGCUGUGCAAGGACACUUGCGCCAUUGACUGUCCCGACACGCUACCAAACCUGCGUCUCAAGUCAAGAGGUGCUGCUGCCUCCUCCAUCGGAGCGGCAUCGUCCAUUGUACCACCUCCAUCAAUUGGAGCUACGUCGUCAGUUGCGCCCACCCCCUCGCUGACCGCUUCUGCCUCACUCCCCCGACCCGAGUCUGAGGUCUCCAUGUCGGGAUCUCUGGGCAGCUCCCGCUCCGAGCAUACGCUGUCAAAGAAGAUUGGCCAGACGAACUUGAGAGAUAGCCCCCAGGCUCCUCCCUCGCCGGCAGCUCCUUCGCCUGACCUGCGCCGAGUACCGUCUGGUCUCGAGAUGGCCAAGAAGAACGGUUACAUGGCCGAUUUCGCAGACGACGAGAACCAGUCCGAACCCCCGUCUACUCCGAGCUUGGUGGAUACUGAUAGCAUCAGCCCCCGAGACAGUAUCGUUGUAACCCCCAAGUCCUCGCGUGCUUUGGCCCAGGACCAGUCCAACGAGGGACUUCGAAUCAUUGACGACGGACGUAGGAUCAUCUACCAAGAGCAGUCCGACAUGGACGCCAUUGCUAGCGGAGUGGUCCAAUUCCAUCGUCCUAUCAACGACGACGACGAGCCCAUCCAGCUCACAAAAGAGCCUCCGAUCGAGUCCCCGGAAAGAAGAGCGGCUCGCCGAUCUCUUGAUACUCGCAUGCCCGACCUCUCUGGCGGCCUGGACUCUCCUUCGGCUGAGCCUAAGAGGGAUGACGCCCCUGCCGCUCCUGAGAAGGAGUCUGUUGACUUGGUGGUGCCUCAGGUUGUCGAGCCUACCGAAGCUCCCGCUUCAACUGCCCAGAAGAAUGAGACACCUCACACUUCUCAAGAUGAGCAGUGGGAGAUGGUUGAUGCUCGCGAUGCUCCAUCAGACCCGCAGGCUAUUGUGCCUCACACAAGAUCUGAGACGAGCUUCGGCACCACCCCUCCAGCCAGCCUUCCUGCUGAGAAGACUGAGGUGGAUGAGAAGGAGUUGGCCAACGAGUCUGAAGUGCAAACUCCAAAGGCCAACCCGGUCGCUCUUGAGGUUACAGAAAGCGAUAACGCCUCGAAGGAACCUCAGGAAGAGACUGUUCUCAGUGACUUCCCCAAGCCUCCCUCAACUCAUUCUCACGCCGAGGAGCCUCAGUCUAAGGAGCCUACCGAGCCAGUUGUGGAGGCUUCCACUGUUGAUGCACCCAAGCAGGAGCCUUCCGAGGAGCCCGCUCAGGAGAAGGUCGUCGAGUCCGAGGGGGCCGUAAUUCCUGAGGAACCCAAGGAAUUGUCUCACAAGGCUGAAGAGGCCCUGCCUGAGACGGUUCGAGGAUCCAGCGACUCCGGCAUCUCUAUGGAGGAGCAGGCCAAGGAGAUAGCCAAGGAGGACAAGGUUCAAACGCCUGCCGUUGCUGAAAGCGCCGAGGCGGAAUCCUUGCCUUCAGUGCAAGAAACCCUUGCUGUGCCUGCUGCCGAGCAAGCUUCUGAGACUGAUGCCCCCAAGGUCGAAAUCACCGAGUCUCCUGAAGUCGCCCAGGAAAUGCUUGCAACUCCCCUUGAGACAGUUCUCGAGGAAAUCCCUGACUCAGCUGUCACUGAUGGAUCAGAGUCCCCCAACCUGGAGCCCUCGUCGGCUCUCCGCGACGGACGUGGUGAGCUGCCACGCAUCGCCUCGGCUCCUCUCAACGCGCUCCCCACGUCUGACUACUUCAGAACGCCUCCUGCGUCCGAGAAGGACCAAGCACCAGCCCCUCCUUCGAUUGAUAGCUCCAACCUUCCCCUGGUACUUGCUCGUCCUCGUCCCCGUACCAACACUCUCCCUUCGCGCCGUUACUCAACCGCGCUGACCCUCGAUAUCGAGGCUGAACCUUUCCACCGCGACGGCGAUGAAUCCCCCACCGGUGAGCCUCCCAAGAGUGCCAGCGGUGUGUGGAACAAAGAUUUGGGCCACCGCCGCCAGCCCUCAGCUGGCUCAGUUGGCUUUGUCGGGCUACAGGAUCAGCGACGCCUACACAGCGUCGGCCUCCGUAGCGCCCUGAUGCCCUACCGCUGGCAAGGAAUGCAACAGCGUGGACAGGGCGUCUGGGAGGGACGACCCAGCACCUCGCACAGCCAGGUUUAGAUUCGAUCUCUUGGAUGAUGCGUGGGUAUUGAUUUAAGCCACUCGUUAGACUUUUAGUUCAAGACA